AAACAAAAUCCAAAGUGUCCCAAUGGCUGAUGAGCAUGGUGUCCAGGGUGAAUCAGAGAAGGAUGAGGAUGCUGACAUUUUGCCGCGCUUUAAGGGAUUACCCAAUAUAACCGAGGGUGUAGAGGACAUACAUGCCCAUUUACUGAAGCGACAUGUGUACCUUUAUCCCGAAGAUGGCACCCAUAAAAAAUGGGUGGCUCCGCAGAUAAUGAUCCUGUUUGAAUCGGGGAACGUUAACCAAGUGAUCGAUGCUGUUGUUAAUGAUUUAAAGCAUCCCAUUGGUAACGGUCUGAUUGCCAGCAUUUUGGUACAGGAGCCAUUGCGACAGACAUUAAUCCGGAGACUACGUGCCCGCAUGGAGCUAAUGGAUGAGCGUAUUCCAGAGCAUCCGAAUUUCUUGCACACACUCAAGAUGAUAGAGCGCAUGAAUUGUAAGACCGUGUAUAUUGAAGAAUUCGAUGUUCAAGACAAACAAAAGCUAUAUGGUCGAAUGAAGCCCAGAUCUCCCAUAGUUGUAUUGGAUUUCCCACAAAUCUAUUUUGGCGACAAGCCCUCGGCAAUUAUAACACUAAAUACUUUUCGUAACCUAAAUGAGGCCAUUAGGCUGUGCUAUCGAGAGGGUCUCAGUUUCGAAACGGUUUCCGUGUGGACCAAUAAGCUGACGGAAGGUUACGACAUGCUUUCUGGACUUGCAAAGUUUCCAAAUUUUCGAUUUAAUUGCAUUAACGUGCCGUUUAAAGCCAGUGCCAUGGUAUCAGUCAAUAAUCAUUAUCAUUAUGAAGUGCUUCUAGUUGGCGGCGAGUUAAUAACCAUUGCAUUUCCUAUGCAAUAUUUUGUCUACGGCUCAAAUAUCAAAUAAAAUAUGAAAAAUUAUUUUUGUUUUCAUUUUGAAUAC